AAUUAUGAUGAUUUGUUUUUAUGAAUAAAAGGGAAAAUAUUUAUUGAAGAAAGUUCCAAUUCCAUUUCCCUUCUUUCCCUUUCCUUUUCCUUCAUUUUCCCACCAACCAAACAUGGACCUAUCCACGAAAUUCCAUCGCUUAGACCUUCGUUCAACAUUCUUCACCUCUCUACGACCCUCUUUAACCCGGAAUUCCUCAUCGGUCGUUUCUCCCAAAACCCUUAAAUUUAGACCCACUAAAGUAAAUGCCCAAGUUUCCACUCUCAGUGUUGAAACCUCCGUUAAAGAACCUCAAAACGACAUUGAGUCAUUGUUUUCAACCAACACAGUUGAAGAGAUUGAUCGAAAGCGUGGCAACAAACAAUCCAACACCGGCGCUUCUGGUAUUUCCUCCGGUGUAAAGCUCGAAAAUAUUAGCAAAAGCUAUAAAGGAGUUACGGUUUUGAAAAACGUGAAUUGGGAAGUGAAAAAAGGCGAGAAAGUUGGAUUGGUUGGAGUAAACGGGGCAGGGAAAACCACCCAAAUGAGAAUUAUAACGGGGCAAGAAGAACCCGAUUCGGGGAACGUUAUAAAAGCCAAGCCCAAUAUGAAAGUUGCGUUUUUGAACCAAGAAUUCCAAGUUUCAAUGAGUAGGACGGUGAGGGAGGAGUUUAUGAGUGCCUUUAAAGAGGAAAUGGAGAUUUCUGAGAGGUUAGAGAGGGUUCAAAAGGCGAUAGAAGGAUCUACAGAGGAUUUGGAGUUGAUGGGAAGGCUUUUGGACGAGUUUGAUUUGUUGCAAAGGAGAGCUCAGGCUGUGGAUUUGGAUGAGGUUGAUGCUAAGGUUAGCAAGUUAAUGCCAGAGCUAGGGUUUUCCCCUGAGGAUUCAGAUAGGUUGGUUGCCAGUUUUAGUAGCGGGUGGCAGAUGAGGAUGUCACUUGGAAAGAUUUUGCUGCAGGAGCCUGAUUUAUUGCUUUUGGAUGAGCCUACAAAUCACCUUGACCUUGAUACAAUUGAGUGGCUUGAAGGAUAUCUAAAAAAGCAAGAUGUGCCAAUGGUCAUUAUAUCUCAUGAUAGAGCUUUUCUAGAUCAGUUGUGUACGAAGAUUGUGGAGACCGAUAUGGGUGUUUCCAGGACGUUUGAGGGUAAUUAUUCUCAGUAUGUUGAAGCGAAGGCAGCAUGGAUUGAAACUCAGUAUGCUGCGUGGGAGAAGCAGCAGAAGGAGAUUGAGCAGACAAGAGACUUGAUAAGCCGAUUAGGUGCUGGGGCAAAUUCUGGCCGAGCUUCUUCUGCCGAAAAGAAGCUGGAGAGGCUUCAGGAAGAGGGUCAAAUAGAGAAGCCAUUUCAACGGAAACAAAUGAAGAUCAGGUUCCCUGAGCGUGGAAGAAGUGGUAGAUCUGUUGUUACUAUUAAGAAUCUGGAAUUUGGUUACGAGGAUGAGCUGCUAUUUAAUAGGGCAAAUCUUGCAAUUGAAAGAGGAGAGAAAAUUGCCGUUAUUGGUCCAAAUGGUUGUGGAAAGAGUACUUUACUGAAACUGAUAAUGCAUUUAGAGAAACCGAGAGGCGGUGAAGUGAUCCUUGGGGAGCAUAAUGUUCUACCAAAUUAUUUUGAGCAGAAUCAGGCUGAGGCUCUUGAUUUGGAUAAAACGGUGCUUCAGACGGUGGAAGAGGUUGCAGAGGACUGGAGAAUUGAUGAUAUUAAGGGACUCCUUGGUCGUUGCAACUUCAAAGCCGAUAUGCUUGACAGGAAGGUUUCCCUUUUGAGUGGUGGUGAGAAGGCGCGUCUUGCUUUCUGCAAAUUCAUGGUAAAACCAUCGACCCUACUGAUUUUGGAUGAACCAACUAAUCAUCUGGAUAUACCCUCAAAAGAGAUGCUAGAGGAGGCAAUUAGGGAAUACAGUGGCACUGUCAUUACUGUUUCGCAUGACCGAUACUUCAUUCGGCAGAUAGUCAACAGAGUAGUGGAAGUAAAAGAUGGCCAUUUGCAGGACUAUGCAGGCGACUACAAUUAUUAUCUGGAGAAGAACCUCGAGGCAAGGGUAAAGGAGCUUGAGCGUGAGGCGGAUCUUGAAGAGAAAGCUCCCAAACUGAAAGCCAAAUCAAAGAUGUCAAAGGCGGAGAAGGAAGCUCGAAAGAAACAAAAGAUGCAGGCUUUUCAAGCGGCUAAACAAAAGUCAAAAGGGAUGAAGAAUUCCAAGAGAUGGAAAUGAAGUAUUAAAUCUAUAUACCACACACUGAUUAAAGAAUGACCUGUUAGUUGAGAGUAGGAAUUGAGUGACCACCAGCACCAUCUGUAUAUAAUCUUUGAUAGAAAUAGAGUCCUGAAAAUUGAAGCUCUUUGUAAUCCUUAUUUAGAAGCGAAAUUCAUUCAUUAAGGUGGCAAGUAAAGGAUGUGAUCCACAUUCAUGCCUAAAUCUAAUGUUAAAAACUCAAAAACUGGCUUUCUUGAAAGGGGAAAAAGAAAAAGAAAUCCAUGGGGGUUUGUGCA